UCUCCUUUUACCUUUAGAACAAUCUAGGUAUCCUGUGGUCUCAAAGGGAUGAAAUUAAAACUGCGCAGACUUACUUGGAAUCUGCAGAAGCCUUGUAUAAUCAAUACAUGAAAGAGGAUGGAAGUCCUCCCCUGGAUCCUAGUGAACAUUUCAUGGCAGAAGAAGAAAAACUCACAGACCAAGAAAGAUCCAAAAGGUUUGAAAAAGCCUAUACACAUACUCUGUAUUAUCUGGCACAAGUCUACCAGCACCUGGAGAUGAUUGAGAAGGCUGCUCAGUAUUGCCAUACUACUCUUAAACGGCAGCUUGAGUAUUGUGGCUACUACCCUGUGGAGUGGGCACUCAAUGCUGCUACUUUGUCACAGUACUAUCUCUCUAAGCAAUGCUUUAUGGAGUCCCGACACUGUUUAGCAGCGGCCAAUGUCAUCUUCAGCCAAGCUGGACAGAUGCCAUCCGCUGAAGACAAUGAAACGGAGCAAGACCAGCAGGAUCUUCGACAGAGAAAAGCUGAAAUUGCAAGGUGCUGGAUUAAGUAUUGCCUGAAUCUCCUGCAAAGCGCUCGGAAAUUACUUGAGGAUAACAUAGGAGAGCUGGAUCCAGACAGGCAAUCGGAACUUAAAGCCCAAAGGAGAAAAGAAGAGGAUGAGAAAGAGAAGGGCAGGAAAAAAGCUGUCCUUUUUGGGACAAGUGAUAUAUGUGACUCUGUCUUAGCCAUGGAGGAGAAAGUGAGCAGCGUAUAUCCUUUAGAUUUUCAAGAAGCCAGAGAAAUCUUCCUGGUUGGUCAAAACUACGUUCAGGAAGCUAAAGAGUUCUUCCAGGUUGAUGGUUAUGUUACUGACCAUAUUGAAAUUGUUCAGGAUCACAGUGCUUUGUUUAAGGUGUUGGCUUUCUUUGAAGAAGACUAUGAGAGGCGCUGCAAAAUGCACAAGCGUAGAAUAGACAUGCUGGAGCCUAUAUACGCAGACUUGAAUCCGCAGUACUACCUGUUGAUUAGUAGGCAGCUUCAGUUUGAACUGGCCGACACCUAUUAUGAGAUGAUGGAUUUAAAGGUAGCCAUUGGUAACAGGUUAGAGGAGCUAGACUCCCACACAAUUAAAAAAAUUAAUUCUUUGGCUCAGCUGGCGAUCAAAUAUUAUGAACUCUUCUUAGAUUCUUUGAGGAACCCAGAUAAGGUGUUUCCUGAAGAGCUCGAGGAAGAUGUUCUUCGCCCUGCCAUGGUAGCUAAAUUUCAUAUUGCACGACUCUAUGGUAAGCUGAUUACUUCGGAUAGCAAAAAGCAACUGGAAAAUAUGCAGACAUCAUUGGAAUAUUAUACCUUUCUGGUAGACUAUUGUGAGAAGUACCCAGAUGCUGUCCGUGCUGUUGAAACUGAACUAGAACUCAGUAAGGAGAUGGUGGGUCUUCUUCCAACGAGAAUGGAGAGGCUAAGAGCGAAACUGUGUCCAUUUAUAUAAAUACCUUACAGGAAAUUUGUAUUGUUAAAAUAAUACCUGUUGAAAUCAGCGCUGUCGGACAGCUUCCGUGCUGAUGGAUAGCGCUAGGGUGUCUGCAGUUCGGCAGUCCACCUAGAGCCUGCUGUAGUAUAACUUUAUAAGUAUCUCGGAGCUCUCCUGUUCAGUAGCUUACCCCCCACUAAUGGUAUAAACUGCAGAUGUAAAGUGAAUGUCCAGCUCAUGCUUUGUAUUUGUCCUGUAUGGAAAUAGAAACUUUUUCUCCCUUAUGUUUUUUUCCUUUGGCAUAUGGUUCAGUUUCUAAAUGUAUGAAAAUUCUUUAAGAGAAUCUGUUUCUCUGCGAAAUUUCUUCUAAAAAAACCUGAGGCAUGUUCUUCCAACUAGAAUACAUUUUAUCUCUUCUAACGUUUGUCCCCAGAAAACUUUAUCCAUAUGAAGGGAUUUAUUUUGUAUGUUGCUCUGUGUUUUGGGGGUUUUUUUCCCCCCUGUUCAUCAAAACCUAGUCAGUAGUGGCUCAAUAAAUGACUAGCUUACCUAAAUGUU